AUGGCCAGCGCCGAGACCAACAAGCCGAAGAGCUGGUCAGACCGCGAGCUGCUCGUCUACAUCCUCAGUGUCAUUGAGCACUCGAAAGUCACGAUCAACUACGCGAACGCUCCCGCACCUGCUGGGCGUAACAGCUCCGGCUGCGCUCAGAAGAUGGGUAAGCUCAAGAAGGCGCUCAGGAAGGAGAUCGAUGCAGUCAAGAACGGCGGUCUAGCUGGUGAUGCCAAGGCCAAGGGCAAGCGCAAGGCUGACUUCGAAGAGGGCGAGGUGGAGGAGAAGGCCAGGAAGCGCGGUCGGGCUAGGAAAAUUGCCGAGGCUGAGUCUGAGGAGGUUGCUGAGGUGUCUGAGGAGGAGGUGGAAGUCUGA